GAGAUGACUUCCGGCAAAAUCCCACAGAUGUUGUAGUGGCAGCCGGAGAGCCUGCAAUCCUGGAGUGCCAGCCUCCCCGGGGACACCCAGAACCUACUAUCUACUGGAAAAAAGACAAAAUUCGAAUUGAUGACAAGGAAGAAAGAAUAAGUAUCCGUGGUGGAAAACUAAUGAUCUCCAAUACCAGAAAAAGUGAUGCUGGGAUGUAUACCUGUGUGGGCACCAACAUGGUGGGAGAGAGAGACAGUGAUCCAGCAGAGCUGACUGUCUUUGAACGACCCACAUUUCUCAGGAGGCCAAUUAACCAAGUGGUGCUGGAGGAAGAAGCUGUAGAAUUCCGUUGUCAGGUCCAGGGCGAUCCUCAGCCAACUGUGCGCUGGAAAAAGGAUGAUGCAGACUUGCCAAGAGGAAGGUAUGACAUCAAAGACGACUAUACACUGAGAAUUAAAAAGGCAGUGAGCACAGAUGAAGGCACGUACACGUGUAUCGCUGAGAAUCGGGUUGGAAAAGUAGAAGCUUCCGCUACCCUCACCGUCCGAGCUCGCCCUGUGGCUCCUCCACAGUUUGUGGUUAGGCCAAGAGAUCAGAUUGUUGCUCAAGGUCGAACAGUGACAUUUCCCUGUGAAACUAAAGGAAACCCACAGCCAGCAGUUUUUUGGCAAAAAGAAGGCAGCCAGAACCUGCUCUUCCCAAACCAACCCCAACAGCCCAACAGUAGGUGUUCUGUGUCACCAACUGGGGACCUUACAAUUACCAACAUUCAGCGUUCGGACGCGGGUUACUACAUCUGUCAGGCCCUCACCGUGGCAGGAAGUAUUUUAGCAAAAGCUCAACUGGAAGUUACUGAUGUUUUGACAGAUAGACCCCCACCUAUAAUUCUACAAGGCCCAGCCAACCAAACAUUAGCAGUUGAUGGCACUGCAUUACUGAAAUGUAAAGCUACUGGUGACCCUCUUCCUGUCAUUAGCUGGUUAAAGGAGGGAUUUACUUUCCUGGGUAGAGAUCCAAGAGCAACUAUACAAGAACAAGGAACCUUGCAGAUUAAGAACUUAAGGAUUUCUGAUACUGGCACUUAUACUUGUGUGGCUACAAGUUCAAGUGGGGAGACUUCCUGGAGUGCUGUGCUGGAUGUGACAGAAUCUGGAGCAACAAUCAGUAAAAAUUAUGACUUAAAUGACCUACCUGGACCACCAUCCAAACCACAGGUCACUGAUGUGACUAAGAACAGUGUCACUUUGUCCUGGCAACCAGGAGCCCCUGGAAUCCUGCCAGCAAGUGCAUAUAUCAUUGAGGCUUUCAGCCAAUCGGUGAGCAAUAGCUGGCAGACAGUGGCAAAUCACGUAAAGACCACCCUGUAUACAGUGAGAGGACUGCGUCCCAAUACAAUCUAUUUAUUCAUGGUCAGAGCAAUCAACCCCCAAGGUCUCAGUGACCCGAGUGCUAUGUCAGACCCUGUGCGCACCCAAGAUAUCAGCCCUCCAGCACAAGGAGUGGACCACAGACAAGUCCAGAAAGAACUCGGAGACGUCCUUGUCCGCCUUCAUGCUCCAGUUGUAUUGACUCCCACCACUGUUCAAGUCACGUGGACGGUUGAUCGCCAACCCCAGUUUAUUCAAGGCUACCGAGUGAUGUACCGUCAGACUUCAGGCCUGCAGGCUACAACAGCAUGGCAGAAUUUAGAUGCCAAAGUCCCAACUGAGAGGAGUGCUGUCUUAGUCAAUCUGAAAAAGGGGGUGACUUACGAAAUUAAAGUUCGACCAUAUUUUAAUGAGUUCCAAGGAAUGGAUAGUGAAUCUAAAACAGUCCGUACUACUGAAGAAGCCCCAAGUGCCCCUCCACAAUCUGUCACUGUGCUGACUGUUGGAGGCCACAAUAGCACAAGUAUUAGUGUUUCCUGGGAUCCUCCUCCUCCAGAUCAUCAGAAUGGAAUCAUCCAGGAGUACAAGAUCUGGUGUCUGGGGAAUGAAACACGAUUCCACAUCAACAAAACUGUGGAUGCAGCCAUUCGAUCUGUAAUCAUUGGUGGAUUAUUCCCAGGUAUUCAGUACCGGGUGGAGGUUGCAGCUAGUACCAGUGCAGGAGUUGGAGUAAAAAGUGAGCCACAGCCAAUAAUAAUUGGGGGACGAAAUGAAGUUGUCAUUACUGAAAACAAUAACAGCAUAACUGAGCAAAUCACUGAUGUUGUGAAGCAACCAGCUUUUAUAGCUGGUAUUGGUGGUGCCUGCUGGGUAAUUCUGAUGGGUUUUAGCAUCUGGUUGUACUGGCGAAGAAAGAAGAGAAAGGGACUCAGUAAUUAUGCUGUUACAUUUCAAAGAGGAGAUGGAGGACUAAUGAGCAAUGGAAGCCGCCCAGGUCUUCUAAAUGCUGGUGAUCCCAGUUAUCCAUGGCUUGCUGACUCAUGGCCAGCCACCAGCUUGCCAGUAAACAAUAGCAAUAGUGGCCCAAAUGAGAUUGCAAACUUUGGGCGUGGGGAUGUGCUGCCACCAGUUCCAGGCCAAGGGGAUAAAACGGCAACAAUGCUCUCAGAUGGAGCCAUUUAUAGCAGCAUUGACUUCACGACCAAAACCACUUACAAUAGUUCCAGCCAAAUAACACAGGCUACCCCAUAUGCCACGACACAGAUAUUGCAUUCCAAUAGCAUACAUGAAUUGGCUGUCGAUCUGCCUGAUCCACAGUGGAAAAGCUCAAUUCAGCAAAAAACAGACCUGAUGGGCUUUGGUUAUUCUCUACCCGAUCAGAACAAAGGUAACAACGGUGGGAAAGGUGGAAAAAAGAAGAAAAAUAAAAACUCUUCUAAACCACAGAAAAACAAUGGAUCGACCUGGGCCAAUGUUCCACUACCUCCUCCCCCAGUCCAGCCUCUUCCGGGUACAGAGCUGGAACACUAUACAGUGGAACAGCAAGAAAAUGGCUACGACAGUGAUAGCUGGUGCCCACCAUUACCAGUUCAAACUUAUUUACACCAGGGUAUGGAAGAUGAACUGGAAGAAGAUGAUGAUCGUGUCCCAACACCUCCUGUCCGAGGCGUGGCUUCUUCUCCUGCUAUUUCCUUUGGACAGCAGUCCACGGCAACUCUGACUCCCUCCCCACGGGAAGAGAUGCAGCCCAUGCUGCAAGCUCACCUGGAUGAGUUGACAAGGGCCUAUCAGUUCGAUAUAGCAAAGCAAACAUGGCAUGUUCAAAGCAAUAAUCAACCUCCGCAGCCCCCAGUUCCACCAUUAGGUUACAUGUCUGGAGCCUUGAUUUCCGAUUUAGAAACGGAUGUUCCAGACGAUGAUGCUGAUGAUGAAGAGGAAGCUUUAGAAAUCCCCAGACCCCUGCGAGCGCUAGAGCAGACACCUGGAUCCAGUACGGACAAUCUAGAGAGCUCUGUGACAGGCAAAGCCUUUACCUCCUCUCAAAGACCUCGACCAACCAGCCCAUUUUCUACUGACAGUAACACCAGUGCAGCCCUGAGUCAAAGUCAGAGGCCUCGGCCCACUAAAAAACACAAGGGCGGGCGAGUGGACCCACAGCCAGCCUUGCCUCACCGCAGGGAAGGGAUGACAGAUGAGGAGACGUUGGUGCCCUACAGCAAGCCCAGCUUCCCAUCUCCAGGGGGUCACAGCUCAUCAGGAACGGCUUCUUCUAAGGGAUCCACUGGACCUAGGAAAGCCGAUGCUCUGAGGGGAAGCCACCAGCGCAAUGCCAGCGACCUUCUUGACAUAGGAUAUAUGGGCUCAAAUAGUCAAGGACAGUUUACAGGUGAAUUAUAGUAACUGAGAGGAGACAUGCAAAGCUGCUCUGAAAGACCAUCAGGUCUGAACUCAUGGAAGUGAUAACACUAAUAAUCAGUGCAAUGAACAAUUUCUUUAUUUAUGUACUAUUAAAAGAACUGUAAAUGCAAUGUAAAGACACACAGCCACACAUAUCCCACAGAUAUUUUACUUGUGUUCUUCUCUUAAGUACACCACCCACCUUAACUCUUUCUUGUCAGGAGUAUAUAAAAAAGAAAGAAAACAAAGCUCGCCCUCCAGGAAGAAAAGGAUUUUCCUCUGUAUAUAAUUUCUUUUGUGCAUUGCUAUGCAAGCUCACUCUUUUUAGCUCUGUUCAUAUUAUUGUCUGUUCUUAUUGGUCUGUUGUACUAUAUGUGAAUUAAUAGGCUGUGGUGCCAUAUAUUAACUUUUAAUUGUGUAACUUUUAUGUUUAAAUUUUGCACUGCAAUUUUAUUUGGUGAUAAGCACAAAUCUCUACUCCUCGUGACAUGAAGAAAAAGACUGAAUGUGAAGGGAGUUUCUGUACUGUAAGCUAGGAUGGAUAAUGCUGGUUGUAACCAAUGACAUGAGGGGGGUUUCAGUUGGGGUGUAGAAAUAGAAAGAUGCAAAGGAACAGUGAUGUUGGCUAAGUCUUCUUUGAACAUCAGGGACUGAGUCAAUAAUAAAAAAAAAGAAAAAAAGAAAAGAAAAGCAGUUACGUGGCUUUUACUAUUGAUAAGAACAGGGGUCAAAAGAAGGAAGUUGAAGUCCUAAAACUGAAUAGGCAUUAAAAUAUACAGGUAGCAAUGAUGUACUAAACUUGCUUUUUCAAAAAGGAAAUUAAAGUUAUGUUUAGAAACAACUUUACCUGUCACUGUAAUUGACCUGUCUCAGAAUUACAACAAGCAAAAGGAAAUUAGUGUGUUUCAGAAGAGCUGUAUUUAUAUUACAGUUUUUUAAAAAAGCAUUGUCUGAAUUACCAUAACUAAUCUCUCCAACUCAUUAAGUCAGAAUAUAAUAUGAAGUUCCCCAAGGAAACAAAUAAAAUGAACUCUAGAAUAUCUAGCAAAUAGUUAAAGAGGCAAUUUAUUAUUAGGACAUACUCGGGCUGCUUCCAAAUACAAAAACUCUAUUGCAAUAUCUUGUUUCAUCUUUCUAAUACAUGUACAGUACAUGCUAGAGGAUAGAGCUGCAUCACUUCAAUUCAUUACUUUUUAAAAAAUAAUGCAGUCUAUUUGCAACUUUGUGUUUCGUUUGAUUAAGAAGUGAAGUUUAUGCCACCAAAUGUAUAGCCAAAUUGUAAGUGCUUAAAAAGCAGUGUUCAGAGUAUGUUCAGUUCACAGUAAGUAGAUUUAUUGGAAUAAAUCUUUUAUGGUUCAUUCUCAGAAAUUGGCUACCAACUAAAAAAUGUUUGACCCAUUUUGAAUGAGUAAAUCGAAAAGAAUAAUUUUAAAGAAGAACAAUGCAUGUUUAUACACUUUUUAAAUAAAACCAAACCUCAUAAGUGGACAUUAA